AUGGACACAAAGCCUGGUACGGCAAUUACUGAUCAUUGGAUGAAGAGUAUUAUGGAGCCGGCCGGCAGCGAUAAAAACGAUAGAUCAGCUGUGAAACGUGAAAAAAUGGCAGAGUCGUACAAUGGUCAGGAAAAUGUUACAUACGAAAUGCAACAAAAACAAGGCAACGUUCGAUAUUGUUGUGAUGACUGUGAUCUAACGUUUGACGGCUUAGAGUUCUUAAUCUUACAUAAAAAGUUCCAUGGGAAUGAUAAAGAUACGCCGCAGAUGGAGCCAGAACCUCAGAUGGCAGUUGUUAGGGAUGGACCGAAGAAACGGAGAAAAUUCAAAUGCGAUCAGUGUGAUGUGAAGGUGAACUCUCAGUACCAUUUGGACAUCCACCGUAGUAAGCACGAAGGUAAUGCAGCCAAGAAGUAUCUAUGCCAGUUGUGUGACCGGAGUUUUGUAGCAGCACAAUUCCUUAAAAGCCAUAUGCAAUCUCAUUCAGCAACGAGUACAAUCAACUGUGAAAUUUGCAACAAAAGUUUUACUGGACAAGCCUAUCUCAAACUUCACAUGCAACUACACAAUGAUAUAAAAAAGUUCAAAUGUUCCAAAUGCGAUGAAAUGUUUCCGACUAAGAACUGUUUGAAGAUUCACAUGAAAAAGCAUUCAAAAGUUAAGAAUUUCAAAUGUGAUUGUUGUCAGAAGCUCUUUGUAUCCAAGAUUACUAUGGAGAAGCAUAGACAGAACCAUGAAGGUCAACCGAUGGACUGUCUCGUCAAAUGCAAUCAGUGUGAUAGGACAAUGCACUCGACAUUACUUAGAACUCAUAUUGCCCGAGCCCAUCCUUCGACAAUCGACGAUGAUGUGAAGCGUCCACACAAAUGUACAACAUGUGGGAAAAGUUUUAUUGUUAAAAUCAACUUGAAUCUUCACAUUCGCGUGUGUCAUCCAGACUUGGCCGACCCUGAGGAUGAAGAGGAUGAUGUCAUGACAGAUAAUUCAUAG